AUGUAUCUUGAAGCUCUGGUGUUAGGUGCUUACACAUCACCCAGUGAAGUGGUUGCAGCUGCCUUGGGUGAAGGCAAUGGCAGGGGCAGUGGCUUUGGGUCUCGAGUCAUAGAUGGACGGAUAGUUCCAGGUGCUGGGAGUGGACUGAGCCAUUUAGGGUUCCUACAUCUUGGUGUCCUGCAGGAGGAGGAGGAAGAAGAGAAGUGGGACUCUCUACAGGGUAUCCUCCCUGCCUUCUUGGAAGAAGAUUCUCUUCUUAACAUCUGCAAGGAUGUGGAACAAUGGUCGGAAAGUCAGAAUGUUCUUACCAAAGUGAAAAAAAAAAAAGAUGAGUUACAGGCCAUUGCCCCCUAACUUUAGAAGCAGGCACAGAUUGUGGUGAGGCCCAGGAUGGUGUCAGAAGGGGAGAAGCAGGGAAAAGCUGCACUCCUGGCCCAGUAUGCUUGUGUGACAGAUGCAGAAGACUCUAUUCCGAAACACCAAUGUGGAAGAUGUCCUCAAUGCCAGAAAACUGGAGUAAGACCCGCUUCGGGAUGA